AUGGUAAGGCAGAUCUUUGGAGUGCUGCUUUUGCUAUUUAUGAUAAUUUCUAAUGUGCAUUCUUAUGUAGACAGCUCACAAUAUGCUUCAAAUGAAGAAAAUGAUAUAAGUCUCUCUUCAUAUAGAAAUGAUGAUAUGGCUUUCAAAACUCACAUCAGAAAACAUUCGUCAGGCAGUAUGGAAGAAACAGCUGAAGAUGAUUCUGGGGAUAUUUUUAUUGCAGAUGGCACAUGUGGAGAAGGAUGCAGCCAAUGUUCUUCUCCCACGAAUUGCACUCUUUGUGACGACCCAGGAGCUCAAAUUAACAACCUAAAUGGAACAUGCAGCUGCAUCGACAAAAAUGCAACAUUAACUGACUCUUCAUGUGUUUGCACUCACGGAGACACUUGCACCUGCAACCCAUUCUAUUUUUUCAACAGCACAACUGGACUUUGUGAUCCUUGCUCUCUUACUUGUUCAAAAUGCAGCGAAAAAGCUGUUUGCGAUGAGUGUGCAAAUCCAAAGGAAAUGAAAAAUAAUGGCAACGGGGUGUGCUCUUGCUCCGAUCCAAACUCUUAUUUUGAUCACUCAGAGCUUACUUGUCCGUGCAGUCCCGGGUUUUACAAUAACACUGACGGCGUUUGCACUGCCUGUGGACUCGCGUGCAAAGCUUGCUCUGAAAAAGAAUGCACUGAAUGCUAUGAUCCAGCUAUGGAGCCUUCUGGGAUUAAUUGUACAUGCACAGACCCAAAUGCUGAAAUUGACAUAAAAACUGAAAAAUGUGUAUGCAAAGAAGGAUAUUUCGAAUAUAUAAAAAACGUUUGCGCAGCAUGUGAUAAGGGUUGCAAAAAUUGUACUGGAUAUGAUGAAUGCACAGAAUGCUACCAAAGCGAUGAUACUAUGAUUCUUGUUGAAGGGAUUUGUGGGUGCAUUGAUGAAAAUGCAUAUAUUGAUCCAGCAAUACAAAAAUGUGUAUGUUUUCCAACAUAUUACAAUAAUACUGAGAAUGGGAUAUGUGAGCUCUGUGGAGUAGGCUGCAAUACAUGCACAAGCGAUACUGCUUGUUUGCUGUGUGUAAACUCAACAAGCCAAGAUCUUAGCAAAGACACAGGGGGUUGCUAUUGUAAGGAUCUUACACAAUGGAUUGACAGAUUUGAUGAUGAGCAGUGCCAAGCAUGCCCUCCUGGACAGUAUUCUAAUGGAGACGGGCUGUCUUGCUCAUUAUGCAGCUUAGGUUGUGAAGCUUGCUCCACAUUUGAGGUCUGCGAUACUUGCUUUGACCAGCAAAACCAAACAAAUAUAAAUGGGAAAUGUUCUUGUUUAGAUCCAAAUGCAUAUUUUGAUAAUUUGGUAGAUAUAUGUGCUUGCAAUGAUGGGUUUUAUAACAAUGACGGAAAAUGCGAACCAUGCUCAAUUGGAUGUGUUACUUGCAAAAGUCCAACCUCAUGCUCCGAAUGCUGGGAUAUUGAUAACAGCUCCAUGCCAAAUUAUUUGUACUUUUGAUAGUGUACAUUUUAUCGAAGUGCAUCUGAUCAAAAAUAUACAUUAAAUGGCGACACGUGCCAACCUGCCCUAAGGGCUGCAGUCCAGAUCUUAUGGCUUCGGCGAGCUGGUAUGGACUCCGAGUUGAGAAUCAAGUGCAGACUCAAGACAUGUGUAUCCGGGUAGGCUUUGGCUACUUUCCUGUAGUUGGAAAUCGAGUUGCUCAACAGCGUCAUUUGUUUCCGAGAGCCCAUUGGCAUUCUUCUACUGAGAAACUGAGGUUUUCAGGCCACAGGGGAGUGAUCUUUUUCCUGCAGCUGUCAAAUCGAUUCACUUCUGCACUCGACAGACUUUAAGGAUCCUUGGAAUCAAGCUACUCCAAUCACCUAUAGCAGGGUUGAAGAAAUUCAUAAGCAUUCAAGACUGAAGCCGCAAGGAGGAGACAAAAGGUACUGUAAGCGGCACCCGUGUUCGGGGAUAGACCCUCUGGGCCGGAGUCGAGAAGCGGUAGAGCCUCCUGUACGGAAGGUCUUUGGUGACUGCGUAAAUAAUCGGCUUGAAUUUAAAUAACCUAGCCUAACCUAUAAUCUGUUCAAAAAAUUUUUAGGUAGUGUAGAAUUUGUUGAAAAUUAACUUUAUUUUUCACUCCCCCCCUUUAAAUUGGAACAAAAAAUUUUGUUCCAAAUUUAAAGGGAGGUUGAGAAAUUUUUUUAAAAAAUAAAAUCAAUAUAAAAUGUUUUAUAAAAAUUUCAAAAGUUUAUCGAAUUAGAUUAAUAAAUUUGUUUAAUAAUAUGCUAUUUACUCUUUAUCCUUAAAAAAAAAGCAAGAUAUAACUAUAAUUUCAUUAUUAGUUAAUACUCCGCUAUUAAUCGGUAUCAAAACUAUUUACGCAAAAAUUAUUGUUUUUAUUGAUAAAACAAAAAAAUUAAAAAAAAUUUUAGAAAUUUAUAAAGUGCUAAUUUUGUUUAAAUAAGAUGCUAUAUACUCUAUUCUUUAAAAUUAAGCAAAAAAUAAGUAAAUUGUCAAUUUUUGUAAAGAAUUCUCAUUGAAUUUAUAUCAAAAUUAUUUGAAUAAAAAAUAUAAAUUUUUUAUCGAAAAAAAAUAAAAUUUUUUUUGAAAAUAUUUUAAAAAAAAAAAUAUAAAUUGUUUUAAAAGUUUAGCAAUUAAGGAUAUAAAUUUAUUUAAAUAAGAUGCUCUUUAUACUCUCUUCUUUAAACUAGAGCAAGAUAUAAUUAAUUUUUUUAUUUUAGUUAAGAAGAAACAUUUAACUUUUAUCAAAACUUUUUACAUAAAAAUUCUGAUUUUUAUACAUAAAAUUUUUUAUUAUAAAAUUUAAUUUGUUCCAAUUUAAAGGGGGGUUAAUUUACCAAAAAAGUGGAUUUUACCUAUAUUUUGUUCCAAUUUAAAGGGGGGGAGUCAGUAAAAUCUCACUAUCAAAAAAUGCUAACCAAUUUUCGUCUAACGUACUUCGGUGAAAUGUAUAAAAUCAUUGAAGCUUCAUCCAUUGAUAACAUGCUAAACAAAAAUGAUGGAACUUGUUUUUGUAAGACCUCAACUGAUUACCCAGACCCAGACACUCAUACUUGUACAGAAUGCCCUGAUGGACAUUUUUCUAGAAACGAUGGGUCUACCUGUGGAGUUUGUGGAGUUGGCUGUCAAAACUGCACCAGCACAACUGAAUGCACUGGCUGCUAUGACACAAACAUGAACAAUGUUAAUGGAGUAUGCAUCUGCCAAGAUUUAAAUGCAUAUAUUGACACAAAUACAAACCAAUGCACUUGCAACCCUGGAUAUUAUGUCAAUCAAGACAAUGGGGUCUGCAUAGCAUGCGGCUCUGGGUGUGCUCAAUGCAAUGAUGAUGGUUCUUGUAAUACUUGUUUCGACCCAACUCAUAUGGCUGCUCAAGCAAAUGGAACUUGUGUCUGCAAAGAUGGAGAUGCUUAUUUUAAUGACCAAAAAAAUGUAUGCGAGUGCAUUCCAGGGUAUUAUACGUCACAAACUGGCUGCACUCCAUGUGUUAGCGGUUGUGCAAUUUGCAGCUCUCAAACCCAAUGCACACAAUGCUUUGAUCAAGAUAGAAUGAAAAUAGAUGGAACUGGAGGAUGUGAAUGCACAGAUCAAAAUGCCCAAUAUAAUGUUGGGAAAGAAAAAUGUAUAUGCGUUAGUGGGAUGUUUUAUAGUGGGAAUGAAUGCACGAAUUGUGAAGCUGUAUGUGCGUCCUGCAGUGAUUCAAAUUCUUGUAUAUAGCGCUUCCCGAGGAUGGCGCCAUUCCGCGCCAUCCUCGGGAAAGCGCUAUAAAUAAAAUGGCAUUCGGUUCAAGUGAAAUUAGCUCCGCUAAUUUUCUCUCCCUCAAGCUAUUUUAUUUAUGGGUUAGGUUUUCUUCUAAGAACUUCUGUACAGCAAUAGCAGUUUAACUCGGGCAGAUAAGCCGUGGCACUGCUCCAAGUACAUCAAGAGGCUCGAAGUUUUACCUCUCAGCACACCCGAAGAAGUUGACUCAUAGGCAGAACACGCGCAGGAACUGAGUUAAGGAACGCAAGGCAAUCCAACCCUUCGAAGCCGGAACGUUGUAUUUGCCCAUGCCCUGGCGCAACAAAGUGGAUCGAUCCAGAGAUCCAUGGCCUGACAUGUGGGCAAAUAAUGGCAGCUCUGGAAACGACUACCCCGUAGUGAAUGUUAAACGUGAUAGAUAAUAUAAGUAUAAGAUUCAAAUUCUUGUUUAACUUGUCAAGAUUCAUCAAAUAUGAAUUUAAGUGAUGGCCAAUGCACUUGCAAGGAUUCUCAUGCUCAUUUUGAUGCUACAGCUAAAAAGUGCUUAUGUGGAACUGGGUUUUAUGAAAGCGAUACAGGAAAGUGUUUAUCUUGUGAUUCUACAUGUGCUAGUUGCAAUGUGGCUCCAUGCCAAAUGACAGUGUAUUUUUGGUUAACGAAAUAUAUUUGUUCGAAAAUUUUUAAAUAGUGUAUUGUUUGGUCAAAAAUUUAAUUUUUUUCAGUCAAAUGCCUCACUAACAAAAAUUUUAACACUUUCGAAUAAAUGUACUUCGGUGAAAUGCACACUAUCAAAACUGCAUGAUCAUUGGAAGCCACCCUUGCAAUGCUGUAAAUAGUUGCCAAACAUGUAUUAAUAUACUAUUUUUCAUUAAUUAAAGAUCACUAAGAAUCCAUGUCAAAAAUCUCAGCAUUAUUCUACUAAUAAAAAUAGCUCUUCAAUUUAUUGAUUUACACAAAUAUUUAGCUGGCAAAAUAUAGUGCAAUUAUGAAAAAUAAUGGAGAUGGGACAUGCUCAUGCGAUCAUAAAUAUAAAUGGGAUGAAAAGAAAAAUUCUUGUGUUAAGAAAUCAAGUGGAUCUUCAUCGAGCGACUCAGGAAGUAGUUUGUGGUGGGUCUGGUUUCUGCUCUCACUAUUUUUAGUUGGAGGAGCAGUUGGAGGAUAUUAUGGGUAUAAAUAUUAUAAGCGAAGAGCAUGGAUUAGACGCCAAAGAAGUGAAGGACAGCUAUCAAGUGAAUUGGAUGAGAGACGCUUAAAUUAA